GGACCGAUGUGUACUUAUUACAUGUUUCAAUUUUGGUACAAAUCGUCAAUAAUUGCAGGAAUAACAAUCUGAUAUUUAUUUCUACGUUUAUUGGAGAAGCCAGUAUGCCGCUAAAUGUAGAUAAUUAUAUGCUCUGUUGUAGAGUGUGCAUGGAUACCGAUAAAAGUGAAUUAUUUCUAAGUUUAUAUGAAACUCAACCUCCGGGGUUGGAUGUGAAUUUGCAAACUGCAUUUCAAAAAACUACCGGGAUAGAGUGUCCCGAGGAUGAAUACAUGCCUUCUAAAAUAUGCCAAAGUUGCCAAUUACGGUUACAGGAUGCUUAUAACUUUAUUUUAGAAAGUUGUAAUAAUAACUUACUGUUGCUAGCUCUCAAAGAAAACGCACUGAGUAGAGAGCAUCCUGAAGAGCACAGCUCAGAUUUGCAUAUUAUAUACCAGAACGAGCAGCAACUGAAAGAAUCUGAUAGAAAUCAUGAAAAUAAUAACCAGGAAAUCCUACAGAUUGAGUGCAUCGACGAUACUAAUACUCAUAAUUCGUCGGGUGUAAGCAAGUACUUAGUUAUAGAUUCGAAUGUAAAACCGACGGAUUCUCAAAGCGUAAUUGGUGAUGAGGUUCCUUCAUCUGGUUCUGAAGAAGACCAGACGGAGGAUGAAACCGAUGCGGUGGAGUUUAUUCUGAAAAUUUUUCAAAAACCGAAUCCUGCUCCAAAAAGACAUAGGCCGCAGCAAACAGCGCGAAGGCAUAAGUGUGAGGUAUGCAACAAGACGUUCCAGCGAAAGUCCAACUUGGUCGAUCAUCUUAGGUUGCAUGCUAACGUUAAGCUCUUUUCGUGCACUUAUUGCGAUGCGGCUUUCGUACAAGCUGGUAAUCUCAAAAGUCACAUUCGGAAACAUACGCUAGAGAAACCAUACGAGUGUGAUGUUUGUGGUAAAUGCUACAGUCAAUCCAGUGCACUCAAGACACACAUAAGAUCCCACACCAACACACGCAAUUACAUUUGUGAUGUGUGCCAAAAAGGAUUUACCAACAGCUCCGAUUUGGGUAAGCAUAAAGUAACGCAUACGGAUUUGCGUUUCUUCCGGUGUGUACAAUGCCACGAGCGAUAUUUCACCCAAAAGAUCCACCUGAAAAAACACAUUAGCUCGUACCACGGAACUGAGGAUCAAGAAGAGCUGCUGCGUAGAGGCAUUUUAAAGGAAGGUGUCCGCAUCGGUAGAACGAAUACAGCUAGGAGUAUCGACCUAUCUAGUGAUGAAUAACUAGAACUACGUUUGUUUGUUGCAUGCCUUUUACUGGUUCAUAUUAUUUAAUGCAUCCACAAUGAUGAAGCAAAUAGUUUAUAUACUAAAUUUAAUUUUGAAUG